UCAAAUUUUCUAUAGUUGAUCAUUUUCAUUUCAAACCAACAAUCAAAAACACACUGGUGUGAAAAAAAAACUUUAUCCAAUUUCCAGUAGCGAAUCGAAUUUUUGUUAUCAGAAUCCGAAGUUAAAAAAUGCCUCCUACUCCUGCCCAGAUCAAAGACAUGUUGCUUCGAUGGAGCAAAGCCAAAACCAGAGGAUAUGAGCAUGUCAACAUUGAAAAUUUUUCGAGCAGUUGGGCUAAUGGUAUGGCAUUCUGUGCUUUGAUUCAUCAUUUUUUUCCAGAUUCAUUUGAAUAUGACAAACUUGAUCCGAAUAAUCGUCGAGAAAAUCUGACAAUUGCUUUCAACACUAUUCAAGAUAAGAUUGAUGUUCCACCAAUGAUCGAAGUGGAUGAUAUGUUGGCUGCUAAAGACAAGCCGGAUCCUAAAUGCGUUUUCACUUAUAUGCAAGCUGUUUAUCGAAAAUUACAUGACAAAGAUUGAUAAAUAUCUUUGUGAAUCACUUUUCUGUCUUUCUGUUUAAUGAUUCUUUUGUUCAAAUCAAUAAAAAAAACGUGUUUAUGAUUGGAA